AUGUCCUCCGCGCUCACGCUCCGUCUCGAGCCGAGUACCUUCGGCUUCGCUAGCUUCUCGUACGGCUUGUACGAUCCUGCCUCGGACGCCAGCCUCACCACGGCCGUCACCCCGAUCUACAUUAUGGCGGCCGCUUCCGACCGGUCGGUCGACAUGACCAUCGACGCGGCGGAAGGUACCACGGGGAUUGCGACGUACGUCGGGGCCUACGUGGCCUUCGCCCGCGCCACCGGCAGCUUCCGGACGUGGGCGUCUCCGAUUACGCAUGGGAAGCCGGCCGCGGCACGGUGA